AUGCAGCAGCAUAAUGCUGCCGCCGCACUGCUGGCCACACAAACUCCAGUUUCCCCGUCCCUCACACCCUCCCUUCCGUCCGUCGUUCCUUCCUGUCGCCCAUCCCUCACCUCUGGCCAAGCCAAACCCAGGUACGCCCACCACGUGGCCCCCCUCACUGGAGGUGAACGCGUUGCUGGCUGCACUGCUGCCUUAACCCCCUUUCUCCCUCCCCUCCCUGGCCCCCCUCUCCUCCCUCCCCUCCCUGGCCCCCCUCUCCUCCCUCCAUUCCCUCUCUCUCCCUCCCCACUCCCUUGCACCCACCAAGGUACGGACCACCAGGUGGUCACCCCCAAGCUGAACACGCUGCUGCACUGCACUGCACUGCACUGCACUGCUGGCCCACCUCCCUCCUCCUCACCCAGGUACGCCCAGCAGAUACGCCCUCCAGGUACGCCCACCAGAUACGCCCUCCAGGUACGCCCAGCAGAUACGCCCUCCAGGCACAUACCGCUGGCCCGCCCUCUCUUCCCUCUUUCCUCCCUCCAUCCCCCUAUGCCCCCUCUUUCUACCCACCUCCACCCACCCAGGUGGUGA